GGCCCAGGUCCACAAACAGGAAUCAAGACACUCAUGAGCGUUGAUCUUAGUGACCCUAAAAUACAAUCCGCAUACACGUCUAUCGUCCGCUCAUACUUUCCUAUGCGCAGUGGGACUGGAGGGAUAGAAGAACUACAGAGAAACCUUUCUGAAGAUGACGCGUAUUUCGCGUUUGUUCGCGAAGACAAAGGGUUCUGUCUCAUCAACUUCUUCCCUGCGGGUAUCCCAGGAGUUCGGAGAGCAGUUACUAGCUUGUUCAAAGCCGCUAAUGUCACCAUUACGGUAUCUAGUGCACAGCAAGUGGAAAUAUCUGCAAUUAGGGCCAAACUUGGUCUAGAAAGACUUCCUCUCUGGGAAAAAGCCCCUCGAGCUGCUAAUGGUUUGCAGCCAGUCCGCAACAACCCUGAGACAGUAUCCGAGGCGCCGACAGCCAGCUCUCAGUAUUCGGCGCCAGCCACGAACUCGCGUAUUCCAAGACCUGGUGGAUCAGUUCUGAGUCGUGCGACGGAAGAUACCCCUCCUUCUACUCCUGCGAAAUCGUCACCUUUACUCUUAAAGAGAGUUUCAGGUCAAGAGCGGCGAGAUGCACCGCUUCCACCGCCUCCAUCAACUGGUGAAGACGCAGAAGACUACGAGAUAGUAAACGUUCCUACCCCUGUGCACGAGAAUCCUCGAUCCAGAGCACGAGGUGUAUCUGUCGCCACUUCGUUUAGCGAUAACCAAUCAACCUACUCAGAUGAGACGCAACACAACACUCGGUCGCGUGUUUUCAGCGAGAAAUCGUGGGCUCGUCAGCAAUCUCAGAUAUCUGAACUGGAUUAUGAAACAUAUGACACAGCAUCCCCUGUGCCUUUAUUCCGGACAGAGGCACAGGAAGAGGCAGCGCGAUCACGUGCGAAAUGGGCCGAAGAAGAAGGCAUCGAAUACUCUGAAUACCCUAGGAAAGCGCGUCGAGGUCGAACUAAAUCGGACAUACAACGUGAAC